CAUGUAGAACUGACAAUUAACCUUCACACUGAUAGGUGACAUCACACUGUCCUAACUGAGGAACUUUCUACUAGUUUUGUUAAUCAUAUUGGGUAAUAGUGAAUAAGAACUAACUUGUCUCUUCUCUAAGCUCUUUUGUGUAAACUGUGUGUCGUUUGGAUAGAGAAUCGUCUUUAUCGCUUGACAGUAGAGAUCAGCUUGUAUUAAACAGAAUAACGUUGUAUUCACGGGUGACGGGAAUUUAACAGAGACUAACAUUUUUGUACCGUAUGCCAGUACUUUACUCAGCGGGUAAGUGACACAAGAGUGGAGGACAGAGGCUUACGUCAGCUGAAAGUCACACUUUUAUCAAAAUCCUGGUCAGGCAUGUCCCCUCCCCCUCCGUGGCCGAAGGCCUUCUUCCAUAACGCUGACCAAAUCCCGCCCACCUCCCUAGGUGCUCCUACCAUGGCAACGGAAGUCCCUCUUCAUGCGCGUGCCUCUGGACGCAUGACCACGUGAGCCAAGCAUAUUUACUAUCAGUCACACAACAAACUGGGGUUAGUGCGAGAACCGUGCGUCCGGGCGUGCUCCUCUCCAGUUUUUAUAAGCUGUCUUCCUCCUUUAUUAGCAUGUACAGGGCUUGACACUCAUGUGUAAAAGCGGACUGCCCUCAACCAGUUUCCCUUCGCUGGACCGUGGCCAUCAGUGUAGUCAGCAGAGCACACGUGAUCGAGCAGCACCCCCUUUUGUACGGAGGGUCGCAAGGUUGACUACUGUUGUGUGUCGUUGCCGAGGAUAUACAUUCAGGGCUUUUUAUUUAUGUAGAGUGCUUUAAUUGUUUGAGGUACAUACGCUAAGUUUCCACUAAAGCGAACGCUCGGCAGGCUCGUUUGAGCGGUGCGACGUCCACUCCAGCACUUGUAGUCGGUGGUCAGCUACACGUUUCACGGUCAGAGAUGGCUAGUUACCACGCUAUUAGGAGAGCUCGAUACCGUGUCUUCAUCCUGAUACUGACGUUUUUAUGUUACGCCAGCUACCAUCUGUCACGCAAGCCCAUUAGUGUUGUAAAAAAUAGUUUGCACAAAAACUGCAGUAAUGUUUUGCCACCUCCAGAGGUCACAAAUGACAGCUCUUGGUGUAGCUGGGCACCAUUUGACAAAAGCAACUAUGAAGAGCUGUUUGGAGUACUGGAUGUUGCUUAUCUUUCAGCAUAUGCUGUUGGGAUGUUCUGCAGUGGUUACAUAGCAGAACGGAUGAACCUGCGUUACUUUAUGACCAUUGGCAUGCUGGCAUCAGGCUUUUUCACAGCUGCUUUUGGGUUUGGCUACUUCUUCAAUAUCCAUAGUUUUGUCUACUAUGUCAUUGUUCAGGUAAUUGGUGGAUUAUUUCAGUCAACUGGCUGGCCAAGUGUGGUUACCUGCAUGGGUAACUGGUAUGGCAAGGGAAAACGAGGUCUCAUCAUGGGUAUCUGGAACUCACACACCUCUGUUGGCAACAUCCUUGGUGCAAUCAUUCCAGGAUUUUUUGCUGAACAUGAGUGGGGUUGGUCUUUUGUUGUUCCUGGCAUCAUUAUAGCAGUGUUGGGCCUCAUUGUCUUCAUGUUUCUAGUCCCAAACCCAAAAGACGUUGGCUGUGAGCCCCCAGACCAGCAUGGCAAGAAGACUUUUACAUCCUCAGAAAGACAGCCAUUCGAGGAUAACACAUAUUCAUCAGAUUCUCUUUCAAACGGUGAAUCUGGCAUAGCCUCAACAGGGGAAGAAGGCACUCCUCUACUGAGCAGUUCUGGAGAAGAACAAGACAAGCCAAUCUCAGUCUUCCAAGCUAUCAUGCUACCAGGUGUUCUGGAGUUCUCCCUUUGCCUGUUCUUUGCCAAACUAGUGAGCUACACAUUUCUGUUUUGGCUGCCAAAAUACAUUGGUUCUACAACUAACUUUGAUGCAGAGAAAUCUGCUGAUUUAUCAACACUCUUUGAUGUCGGCGGAAUUCUGGGAGGCAUUGUAGCAGGAAUUAUAUCUGACUUGACGGGGGCACAUGGAUGCGUAUGUGUAGCUAUGCUGCUUGCAGGAACUCCAGCGCUCUUCCUCUAUGACCACCUAGGCAACAGGUCUUUUGGUCUCAGUAUAGGUCUGUUAAUGAUCUGUGGAGCACUCGUGAAUGGACCAUAUGCUCUAAUUACCACGGCUGUGAGUGCUGAUCUUGGUACACAGGAGGCGCUGAGGGGCAAUGCCAAGGCGCUAGCAACAGUCACGGCCAUUAUUGAUGGCACAGGCAGCAUAGGUGCAGCGUUAGGUCCACUGUUAACAGGACUUAUCUCCCCUACAGGGUGGUCCAAUGUAUUUUACAUGCUGAUAGCUGCUGAUAUUGCUGCAGCCAUUCUGUUGACUCGGGUGGUGAUUGUUGAAUUACGCAACCGCUUCUGUCCUCGGACUUAUGAGUUGGUGCUUUCCACUCAGGUUCCAUCAGAGAGAGGAGCAGCCUACCACGACAAAUGAGCUGGCUUAAAGAGUGAUGAACAUGGCAUUUUGGACUGUCUUUCACUGUACAGAUGUUAAUUCUGCUGUUGUCAUGGGCAUUUGUAUACAUGACCGGUGCUUGCCUUACUCAGCAUCUGGUGCCUGAAAGAAUGUAUAGAUCCGUGUCACUUGAAUGUGUUUUAAGAGCUUCCUCCCUUUCAAGAUAAAUCAUACUUCAGCAUUACAUUUCGGUCUGGUGACAUUGGACUCUUUUUGCAAUUUUUAAGUCUUUCUCACACAGUAACAGUAAAACUUUGUAUUAAAUCAGUUUCUUUGCACUGUUACUUCUGACAAGAGAGGCACAAAGCAGCUACAAGUAGGUUUAUUAAUUAUUAGUGUUUAUGCUGUAAGAGGACAGACCUAACCUUGACAACUAUUUCAUUAUACUAGGAUUUUACUCUUAUUGGGAGUAAUUAGAUUGUGUGAUGGAUAUUUAAUUGCUGUUAACAUUCUGACAUGUAAUGUUGCAGAUAAUUUUAAAAGAAUUACUUUAUUGAUGUGUAGACCUGAGCAGUUACCGGCCUGUUCUGAGCUCUGUAAUAACUAUCUUGAUAUUUGUUUAAUUUAAAUGUUGGUGCUAAAUACUGAGCUUGUAUAGAGUUUUAAAAGUCUGGAAGUAUUUCUGUAAAACAGGAAUCUGUUUUCUAAACUGAAAAAGGUUUGGAAGUUUGACAGUUUGUUUAUCAAGUCUGGAAAAGUUUUGAAAGUUAAGCAGCACAUUGACUUGCAUGAGAAGUUUCCAUAGAUAAAAUGAAUCUGGUGAUAAUGUUAAUCGUAUCAAUACUAAACUCUACUAGGGCAACAUUCUAUUUUCUUGUGCAUUUUUUUUAAUUUAGUUUUUACAAAUGAGUAGUGAAGCACAAUUUUUUGCAAAAUUUUGUAUUCUAUAUACAAACAAAUCACCGAAAUUUUUUGUUUUAUAAGAAAAAGACAUAAUCCAAAUACAGUAAAACCAGUGAUAUUUGCAACAUGACCAGCAAGUUCCUUCCUUCUUGGCAGGGCUGGUGCUACAAACCCUGUGAAUACGUUAAAUAUAUAUGCUUCCUUGAGAGAUUUUUAUGCUUGCAUAUUUGCCUCUACUGGGCAUAAAAAGAUAAUCAAUAGUACAGUUACGCCUCAAAUAUUUUUCACGGACAUAUUUAGUUACAUGAACAUCAUCUCAAUUUUGACAACUUCCCCAACCCUACUGACAGUUUACUCUCUAUUAUAACUUUUUUUCUUAACUUUUGAAAAAAGUGUAUUUAAAAUAAACUGCAUCUGCUUACCUUAGAUUAUGAUUUUCUGCAGAAAUCAUAUAAAAUAAAUAUGUACUGCUUGUUCUAUACGUCACCAGUUCCAGUCAGACCUUGAUAAGUCAACCUUCCAUAAGUCGAAAACCUCCCUGUAUCGAAUUAAUUGUUAGUUCCCGGCCAAAUUGCAUAAGACCAAUGUAUUUUAGAUAUCCUUCACUCAAAGAUAUUUUGGCUUCCAACCUCCGUUAGUCGAAGUCUGAGUUAUCCCCAACCAGACGCAACUAUGUCUCAAACUGUUCCAAGCUCAACCAGGGCAUCAUCAACAAUUUCAAGUUGCGAUAGUGCAAACUCGUCAGAAAAUUGCUGCGGAAUAUCGAAGACAAAUGCCCACUUGGAACUGACUUGCUAGAAGCUAUGCGAAUGGCCCGGAAAGCAUGGGAUGAAGUUCCGAAGGAAACCAACAAAAACUACUUCAAAAACAGCCGGUUUUGGACAGCAAACCGUUGAUGAUUCAGGGGACUUGAAGAUAUGCAAAUGGAAACAGACGACGCACUUACAAGCCCCAAAGAAUGGUCUACGGUUCUCACAGCUACUGGCGCUAGUAAGGAAGUGUCUUUUAAGACUUUCUGGAAGUUGACAGUGUGGUGAAUGUUUGUGGAGAACUAAUGGACGCUGACAUUAUUGCUGAGGUGGCAAACGAGGAACAAAAGGAAGAUGAGAGUGCAGAUGAGGAAGAAGAUGACAAGGAUGGUGAUACACAUCCUGCCCCCAGUCGAAAAGAAGCAAGGUUUUUUCUCUAAAGGUAAGCUGAUUGGUUGUACUGUUCGAUUGUACAGUACUGUACUAAAUGCAUCCGUAUAAAACGAUAAUAAUAUAAUAAACGGUUAUAAUACAGUAAUUAAGCAGGAAAAACAUUGUCCUUUCUUGAUUAACCUGCGCCUAUUACGCCAUUUUCACUAACUCGAAAACUCCGUAAGUCAAAUGUUUUUUCCAGGUCCAUUUGAGUUCGACUUAUCGAGGUCCGACCAUAUUUCAACCCAGUUCGUAUCACUCCAGUCAUGGCUUUCAUAUCGUCCCAACACGAACAGUUGAAUCCAUCCAGGCCUAAAAGGCGAAUUGAUCUUUGAUGAUAGGAGGAGACAUUGUCAACAGAGCCAUGUAUUGUUCGCACAAAUUCAGCCACCAUUUUACUAAACAAAUAAGCUGCUUGGCAAUACACAUUCUAAGAACAACUCGCACGGUGGUGCAUAACAUCGUUUUCUUAUAAUUUUUUUAAAGCCUUUGUCAUUAUUCUUUAGUUUGGAGGUUAGUAUUAAAUGUAUCUGCAGACGUUCAGUUAAAAUCUCACAGUGGCAUAUAACGCAAUUUUCUUUUUUUUUUUAAUUCUUUAAGAGGUUUUCAUUGUGUAUGGUCUAACCUGGAGAGUUUCCCUAUAAAUCUUUAGUCCAGCCUAACAAUAGACAGCAUGCAU